AUGGUGGCUGAUAUGUGCAUAUCGAUUAAAGUAGGAAACUCUGAUUAUUUGGAGAAACAUCCAGAGCACAGAAUAUCAUUUUCCCAAAAUUUUUACAUUAUUGGAGUUACUUUUGCGGCUGGUAUUGGUGGCCUUCUAUUUGGUUAUGAUACUGGUGUGAUAUCUGGCGCUCUAUUGUACAUAAAAGAUGAUUUUGAAGUUGUAAAGAACAGUAGUUUUCUUCAGGAACUAAUAGUUGCCAUGGCCUUAAUUGGUGCAAUUUUCGGCGCCGCCAUUGGUGGUUACAUUAAUGAUUCUUUAGGGCGUAAGGCUGCCACUAUUGUGGCAGAUAUUUGUUUCGCAGUAGGAUCACUCUUGAUCGCCGUCGCACCAAAUCCCACUCUUAUCAUAGUUGGCCGGUUUUUUGUUGGCCUAGGUGUAGGUUUCGCCUCUGUUACUGCUCCUAUGUAUAUUGCAGAAGUAUCACCGUUUGAAAUAAGAGGUGGAUUAGUUAGUGUCAAUUGUCUUAUGAUCACAACUGGCCAAUUUCUUUCCUUUGUCAUCAAUUAUGGUUUGACUAGAGUUCCUGGAACAUGGCGUUGGAUGCUUGGAAUUGCAGGUACACCAGCUGUUAUUCAGUUGGUUCUUAUGGUCUUUCUUCCUGAGUCCCCCAGAUGGCUAUAUUUGAAGAAUAGGAAGGAGGAGGCCACCAAUGUUCUUUCUAGGACAUACCCAUCUCCUCGGUUGGAGGACGAAAUAGAUAUUCUUGAAGCUCACAUGGAGCAAGAACAAAAGGAUAAGGUCAAAGUUAAAUACAGUGAUGUAUUUAAGUUGAAAGAAAUCAGAGUUGCGUUCAUAUGUGGCGCUGGACUUCAAGCAUUCCAACAACUUACCGGUAUUAGUGUUAUAAUGUACUAUAGCCCAACAAUCAUUCAAUUGGCUGGCUUCAAAUCAAACGAAUCGGCUUUGUUCUUAUCCCUCAUUGUUUCUGCAAUUAAUGCCGGUGGCACAAUUAUUGGCAUUUACCUUAUUGACAUUGUAGGGCGAAAGAAGCUUACACUUAGUAGCUUAAUAGGUGUGGUUGGAUCGUUAAUCCUACUCUCUGCUUCAUGUUAUGUUAGAGGGCAUGGCAACCCGAGUUUAGUUUAUGGAUGGCUUGCUGUUGUGGGUUUGGCUUUGUAUAUUAUAUUCUUUGCACCUGGAAUGGGUCCUGUUCCUUGGGCUGUGAACACAGAGAUAUACCCUGAAGAGUUUAGAGGAAUAUGUGGUGGCAUGUCUGCAACAAUUAAUUGGGUUGGUAGUGUCAUCAUGUCUAUUAGCUUCCUUUCUUUUGUGGAUGCUAUUGGGCUCGGCGAGAGUUUUAUGAUUCUUUUGGCUGUUGCUUGUGUUGCAAUAGUUUUUGUGAUUUUCUAUAUGCCAGAGACAAAAGGAUUGACUUUUGAAGAAGUUUCAAAUAUUUGGAAGGAGAAAGCCUAUGGAAAAGAUAAAAACAUAGAGAGCAUGGUUGAGCAAGCAAGUACAUGA